CUUCGGUUGGAAAAGGUUCCGAUCGGGUGUACGCUGUGGGGAUGUGCAUCCCGGGUACUGAACCAAAGGUUUGGAGGCUUUGGAACAACGAAUCAUUCUUGGAACUCGUAGACCCGGCCAUGGGGGAGAGUUGUGAUAAAGAUGAAGUGAUCAGAUGCAUCCAUAUAAGCUUAUUGUGCGUUCAAGAAUAUCAUGCAGAUCAUCCAACCAUGUCCAUAGUAUUUCAGAUGCUCACUAAUACUUUUCUUACUCUGCCCGUGCCUCAGUCACCUGGAUUUGUCUUUAGAGUCAGAUCCGAGCCAAACACAUUAGCCGAGCGAUUGGAGCCUGGUCCGUCUACUACCAUGUCGUUUGCUUGUUCCAUUGAUGAUGCAUCGAUCACGAGUGUUAAUUAUCGGUGAAAUAUAAUUAGAGGUUAAUACCCUAAUGAUAAUAUGUAUAUCCUUUCAUUACACAAAACUCUAAUAGCCACAAUUACUAAAGCUAAAAUCAAGGGAAUUUCAACAUAGCCGUUUACAUUGACUUCGAUUGAGUGACUGACUUAUCGUAGUCACUCGUCACAAACCACUGACUUAUCGUAGAGAGAGAAGAAAAAUUUACAGUUUAUAUAUGGAAGCUCCUUGAUGUGAAACUCAAAUCAAGGAACUCGAAGAAAAAACCAUGUCUUGUCUUAUAUCUUUCAUCUUCCUUUUCCUUUUCUCAUUCCUUACUAGCUUCAAAGCUUCUGCUCAAGAUCAUUAUUUCCUAAAUCAUAAUUGUCCAAAUACGACAACUUACUCAAGUAACAGCACUUACUUCACCAAUCUCAAAACCCUUUUGUCCUCUCUCUCUUUCCCCAACGCCUCUUAUCCCACCGGAUUCCAAAACGCCACGGUGGGACAAACCCCUGACAGGGUCACCGGACUUUUCCUUUGCCGCGGAGACCUGCCCGAAGUUUGCCGUAACUGCGUCGCCUUCUCCGUUAACGAAACAUUAACUCGGUGACCAAAUCAGAGAGAAGCUGUGUUCUAUUACGAGGAGUGCAUACUCAGAUACUCUCACAAGAAUAUUCUAUCGACGACCAUUACAAACGAAUGAGAAUUUAUCUUGAGUAACACCAAUAAUAUUUCUCCUAUUCAAAAACAAAUAAACCAGUUUAUAAUUUUGGUGUUAUCUAAUAUGAACCAAGCUGCCAUGGAAGCAGCCAAAAGUUCUAGAAAAUUCUCUACGAUAACGACCGAAUUGACCGCACUCCAGACUUUGUACGGGCUUGUUCAAUGCACUCCUGAUCUUUCAAGACAAGACUGCAUGAGAUGUCUGACAAGCUCCAUCAAUAGAAUGCCACUUUCUAGAAUUGGAGCAAGACAGUUUUGGCCAAGUUGUAAUUCAAGGUACGAGCUUUACGCGUUCUACAACGAAACCGCCAUUGAGACACCAUCACCACCACCGCCGCCUCUGCGGUUUCCAGGGCAGUGACAUCUCCUUCACUAUCUAGUGAACAGUGAACACUUUCUUCUUCCUCUGUUUUUUCCUCUGUUUACUUGAUCUUAGCAAUACUAAUAUGGAAAAGAUUCAUUCUAUGACAGAAUUUUCAAUUUUGUUUUGUUA